AGAAAUAUCAUGGUAUACAACUGUACAACAGGUGGCACCAACCCUUUCCACUGGAGUGAAGUUGAGUACCAUGUAAUUUCUACUUUCAAGAGGAAUCCUCUCGAACAGGCCUUCAGACGGCCCAAUGUAAAUCUAACUUCCAAUCACCUUUUAUAUCAUUACUGGAUUGCUGUAAGCCAUAAGGCCCCAGCAUUCCUGUAUGAUAUCUACCUCAGGAUUACUGGAAGAAGUCCAAGGAUGAUGAAAACAAUAACACGUCUGCACAAGGCAAUGGUAUUCUUAGAAUACUUUACAAGCAAUUCUUGGAUCUGGAAUACUGAAAAUAUGACUAUGCUAAUGAAUCAACUAAGCCCUGAAGACAAAAAGACUUUUAAUUUUGAUGUUCGACAACUACAUUGGGCAGAAUACAUGGAAAACUACUGCAUGGGAACAAAGAAAUAUGUGUUGAAUGAAGAAAUGUCUGGUCUCCCUGCUGCUAGGAAACACUUAAAUAAGUUAAGGAAUAUACGCUAUGGAUUCAAUACAAUUCUUGUGAUCCUGAUUUGGCGGAUCUUUAUUGCAAGAUCACAGAUGGCAAGAAAUAUCUGGUACUUUGUGGUUAGUCUGUGCUACAAGUUCCUCUCCUACUUCAGAGCCUCCAGUACUAUGAGAUAUUGAAGAACAAGAAUUUAACAUUAGGGCAUCUAUGCAUAUAGCGGUCUAACUACACAAAGUCUGUUACAUGUAAUCAUCUCACAUUUUGUAAAAGCAUAAUUUUAUUUUAAAUUGGAGUGCAAAAUACAUAGUAUGGUAUAUGUAAAGUUAGUUAUAUAUCUUCCUGAAAACAAAGAAAAUGUUCAAGUGCCAGGCUGAAUUGACUUUAGGCAAGUAUUUAACUUUUUAACCUGAGCAGAACACUUUAGUCCACUGACCAACAUAACUGUGCAGUCUGGGACAUUUUUGAUUGAAAUCUGCCUUAACAUAAUUUUAUUUUUAUUCCACAUUGAGAAAGGUGAAUAUUGAUAUAAGAUUUGCUAGUUUAUUGUAGACCUAUUUAUUUGAAAUCCUGCUAAAUUGCAAAGGGUUUUACAAUUGCCGCAGUGCAUAAAUGCUGGUGGAUCUCCUGGAAAAACUAUUUUUGCCACUUCUUGUCUUCUCAAAGUAAGAUUGUAAUGAUGACUGCUCGUCUUUAAGAGAAAGCUCCCUCCCUUUGUUACAGAAAGGCCUUUUUUGUGGUCUGGUUUUAGGUGUGAUUCAGUUUCGUGCUCAAAAUUGACCCCAUCCUACUUGAGUUUAUGUCAGCAUGACCAAUUUGCUUUUCUGAAAGCAGAAUUGAUCUUAUCAUUGAAUAGAUAAAAGGAAUAUAGCCCUGAGGGGGGGAAAAGUGAUCAUUGACCGUCCCUUUUUUUUCCCUGUUGGUAACACAGAACCAGCACUUGAUUGUUACAGUUUUGACUCCAAAACGUAAAUGUAUUUGAAAGGAGUUUAUUAUGCUUGAUAGUUAUUCAUAGUACUGAUAACUGUAGUUGGACAAACUGUAGGAUUUUGUUGAGAUAUACCUGUUCAUAAAUUUUUGCAUGGUGUUAGUGAGUGCUUCAUGAAUGAAUAAUUCUUGAAAUCUGUAAGCUAUGAAAAGUUCCAUGCGUGCAUAACACCAUUGCCUAAGCACACUUUCUCAUUUCUGCCCCAAUAAAACCUUUGUUUUGCUGGGCAAGCAGAGCAAGAUGCAUCAUGCUUCAGAAUGGGAAUAUCUUAACAGUUCUUUUAUGAUUUAGUUUAAAUUAUUAGGUUUAAAUAUGAAGUUCUUUUCUGCGUUUAUUUCAUUCUGGUAGGUAAAACUCAUCAGAAUAGCAAGUUGUAAGCAAAGACUGAAUUCCUGUUUAAGGCAAUAAAUAAAGUUCCCUUGAAAUUUUCGUUACAUAAACUCUACUUGAGAACUCUGUAGUUUUCCUCUUAUUGAUGCAUUGACCAGCACACUUGCCCAGUGUUUUUCAUUAAAAUCAGUUUAUACUGUAUGUUAAUAUGUUCUUUGAAUCUGCUAGAAAAAAACAAAUAAUGACUUAAUUACACAAGAGCUAAAUUCUAUUUGCCCUUGGUAGUUGUCCUAUUUGAAUUAAGUAUAUAAAGAACUUAUUUUGCUAUUCUUGUGGAAACUCGUUACUUUAAGGUGAACACCUUUCAUGCAGGUGUAUAUCUCAUUUUGAAAAGACAAUGGCUUCCUUGUUGAAGCAAGUAUUCUGUAGUAAGUAGUUAAGCUGUAAGCUGUAAUUCCUUUUACACACACACACACACACACACACACACACACACACACACACACACACACCAUUGUGAUGAAUGAAAGGCCUAAAUGGUCUAGGACCACACCUUGUGUGAGAGACCUCUGACUGGCUGAAAAUAAAUUAUGGCUUCUGUGACUGAAGAUGUUACACUUUAACAAAUGCAUUAGGUGUAUUAAAAUUUUAGUUACCUCUCCAAGUAUCUUACUAGACCUGAAAGUAUGCUUAAGCGUUCCUGUAGACUUUUUUCAGAGGUGCCUACAAUCCAAUGUCGUCCUCAUCUCAUGUUGGCAUGCGACUGAAGUUUGCAAAAAAGUCAAGUACAUCAUAGUCCAGAAAUAAUUUCUGUGCAACAACUCACUUAAAAUUUGUUCUUCAUAGUCAUUACUACAUGUGAUACUUUUAAUAUUGAUUUGUUAAUAAUGCAAACUAUGAAGCCAAUGAAUUGAUUAUUUCUGGUUCAUAGCUGCUUAGGAAUCUACUCUUUUGAAUAUAUAACUGGAGAAAAGGAUACUUCACCUCUACUCUUUAAACAUUUAACAGUUUAGAAACUCAGAUUUUUUUUCUCUUUGGAGUCCACGGUUAUCUGUUGACUGUAGGUAUCUUAAACUCAUCAGUCAUCCUAUUUAAUUGAUGAUAGAUUUAAUGUCACAUUUAUUACAUUACUUAUGUUGCUUCCUGUGGUCAGUCUGUGAAAUUCUAGUUGAAUGUACUGUUUUCUUUCCGUAUCAGGAUCCUGUUCUAUUGCAAUUCUUCAGUGUUUGCACGUAAUAAAUGUUGGUCAGAAAUAGACUGGAACUUUGUUUUGAUACGGGAAGCUGGAUUCACUGUACUGAAUAGCAAAUGACAGGAGGUAUUCCAAUUGGUUAAAUAAGAAGAUCACUUAACAGUUACAGGUAUUUAAAUUUGGGACCAGGAAAAAUUAUAUUUUCCUGUAAUGUUUUUCUGCUGUAGGAACAGAUGUUUAGAAACAAAUGCUAAAUCUGUGAGCUUUUAUAAGACAAACAGAAAUAUUGGGUGCCUUUGUUUGUAAACCAAAAAAUAAACAAAUCGCUUAAAA